AUGUCAGAAAGAUGUCCCCACGACUUCAAGGGCUCAAGAUCGGUGAAGCACCUAGCGACAGAUUGUGUACUGUACUACAAGAAACGCCACGAUAAAGUCAACAGAUGCUGCACAUUUUACACUAAUAAGUAUGGAUUGAAUCGAAGCAGUAAGCUGAAGAAUUACCAAGUUAAAAAGAUCACGACGGAACUGUUCCUUGAAUACAACAAGCUCGACCUGAUGAUAUAUGACCGGAGAACAAAGGAAAUCACACUGAUUGAGGUUGGCAUCACCAACAAGAACAUCUUGGCCAAGACCAAGUUACGAAAAUCACAGAAAUACGACCUACUGAAACAUGAGCUCAUCGUAAUGUACACCGGGUGCAAAGUAAUUGCAACACUGGUGGUGACGACCUGGGAUGGACUCGUGACAAGACAUUUCAAGGGUUAUAUGAAACAACUCGAAGUCACCGAAAGGCUGACGGCACACAUGCAGUCGGUAGUUUGUGAGAGUAUCGUGGAAGACUGCCGAAGAAUGCAAAGAGGGGACUGGCUGGAGGAUGAGGUGGACGAAAUGAUGACUCAGCUCGAGACGCAGCUCGCUGGGACAGAAGAAGCAGUUCAGGAAAACAAAAUAAGCGCUAAAUUCAAGUCCCGUGACUUUAUCGGCGUUUCCGAUACGAAAAACGCCAUGCAUCCACAUUUUUACUAA